CCGCUCGCCCUCGCCGCCGCGGGGGUGGAAGCGGAAGCGGGUUAAUCCAGCACCGGAAUGACGUGAUCCCCCCGUUCCUUUCCAUCCCAUCCCGUACCCUCUCAUCACUGCAGGCUGCUGCUGCAGCAGACGGCCUUGAAAAAUCCCACCACCUUCCUUGCUCCCUGCAUCACCCACUCCUCGCGCCACCCACCGGGAGCGUACGGCGCCACAAUGCGGCCGCCUACCCUCCUCCCGCUCGCCGCCGCCGCCGCCCUCCUCGUCCUCCUCCUCCUCGCCGCCGCGCCAACGCCCGCAGCCUCCCGCCGCCACCACCCCGCGGCGGCGGCGGCGGACACGGAGACGCUCGACGUCGCCGCUUCCCUCUCCCGCGCCCGCGCCGCGCUCUCCACCGACGCCGCCGCCGCCGCUUCGCUGCACCAGUCCGCCGCGGCGGCCGGGAAGCCGAAGCGCCGCUCCCCGCGGAAGGGCGCCUCCCCCCUCACGCUGCGGCUCCACGCGCGGGACUUCCUCCCGGGCGAGCAGGGCCGGCACGAGAGCUACCGGUCCCUGGUGCUGUCCCGCCUCCGCCGCGACGCGUCCCGCGCCGCGGCGGUGUCGGCGCGCGCGGCGCUGGCGGCGGACGGGGUGACGCGCCUCGACCUCGUCCCCGCCAACGCGUCGGCGGUGUUCGCGGCCUCCGCGGCGGCGAUCCAGGGCCCCGUGGUGUCCGGCGUGGGGCAGGGCAGCGGCGAGUACUUCUCCCGCGUCGGGAUCGGCAGCCCCGCGCGGCAGCUGUACAUGGUGCUCGACACCGGCAGCGACGUGACCUGGGUGCAGUGCCAGCCCUGCGCCGACUGCUACCAGCAGUCGGACCCCGUCUUCGACCCCUCCCUCUCCGCCUCCUACGCCGCCGUCCCCUGCGACUCCCCGCGCUGCCGGGACCUCGACACCGCCGCCUGCCGCAACGCCACGGGCGCCUGCCUCUACGAGGUGGCCUACGGCGACGGCUCCUACACCGUCGGCGACUUCGCCACCGAGACGCUCACGCUGGGGGACUCGCCGCCCGUCGGCAACGUCGCCAUCGGGUGCGGCCACGACAACGAGGGCCUCUUCGUCGGCGCCGCGGGGCUGCUCGCGCUCGGCGGGGGCCCGCUCUCCUUCCCGUCCCAGAUCUCCGCCGCCACCUUCUCCUACUGCCUCGUGGACCGCGACUCCCCCGCCGCGUCCACGCUCCAGUUCGGGGACGGCGCCGCCGAGGCCGGCACCGUGACGGCGCCGCUCCUCCGCAGCCCUCGCACGAGCACCUUCUACUACGUCGCCAUGACCGGCAUCUCCGUGGGCGGGCAGCCGCUGUCCAUCCCGCCCUCCGCCUUCGCCAUGGACGCCGCCUCGGGGUCGGGCGGCGUCAUCGUGGACUCGGGCACCGCCGUCACGCGGCUCCAGGCCGCGGCCUACGCGGCGCUCCGCGACGCCUUCGUCCGGGGCACGCCGUCGCUGCCCCGGACCUCCGGGGUGUCGCUGUUCGACACGUGCUACGACCUGUCGGGCCGGACGAGCGUGGAGGUGCCCGCCGUGGCGCUGCGGUUCGAGGGCGGCGGCGCGCUGCGGCUGCCGGCGAAGAACUACCUGAUCCCCGUUGACGGCGCCGGGACCUACUGCCUGGCGUUCGCGCCCACGAACGCCGCCGUGUCCAUCAUCGGGAACGUGCAGCAGCAGGGCACCCGCGUCAGCUUCGACACCGCCAAGGGCGCCGUCGGCUUCACGCCCAACAAGUGCUAGCCUGGCGGCAGCGGUAGUAGUAGUGGGGCGAUUAGUGGAGGAGGUAAUUAAUGUAAUGUUAUUUAGUGGGGCCGGGAGGGGACGGGGAGGACCCACCGGGGUCUAUGCGCUGCCGCUGCCGGUCUGGGGAGGCGCGAAAGGCCAAGGCGAGGACAGGUGAUUCCAUGCCAUGCCAGCCUGUGCGGUGGGGGUCCCGUGUUCUUCUCGGUCUUUGAGUAUGGAUGGGGUGCGUGCUUGCGUGUCGUCGGGCUUCUUCCUUUGGGGUUGGGUGUGGGUGUGGGUUUGCGUGGUGGAUUUGCGUGCGUGGAGGUGGAGCCGUGGCAUGACCAACUACCUCUUGCCAUGGGGUGCUCCGGUUUAUUUAAAAUUUCAUCUCAUGUCCAGAAAAUGGAAGUUUCCAUCCCUCGGAAACACACUUAUUACAAAUGGCUUAGAUCUGCAAGUGUAUU